AGACAAUAUCCUUAAGUUAAUAUUUGUAACAAUAGAAUAUAUUAAAUUUGUGGACGAAGGCUUGGGUUUACUGGAAAAAACUUUUAAGUUUAUAAAAAAUAAUGCGGAAAUUGCGUUCGACCUUCAAGAGGUCGCGUACCCCGACUGGAGCGGAAAUGAAAUCACAAUCGAGUUUAGAAGUUCCCAAACAAGUUCGCUCAGCGUCAUUCGAUGAAAUUCAAUUGGAAGUCAAACGAUUUGAUCAAAAAGAAAUGCGUCAAACAGGUGGUGCUAGUGGGACUCUGGGCUUGGGUCCAGGUUCUGGUCCCGGUCAAGGUCUAGGUCCAGGAAUGGGUUCAGGUCUGGGACCGACUCCAGGUAGUCCAGGGCACAGUUUAGACCCGAAAAAAUCAACACUGCGCGUUCCCCAGCUCCAGACUAAUCAGAGAUCGAGGUCAUUUGACAUGUAUGAAAAGACAUCAUUGUUGCCAACGUCAUCGCGGUCAUCAAUGUCAGCUGCCUCGCGUAAGAGCGAUCUGAUAAGUGUGCCAGCGACCUGCUAUCAUUGCAUCUGUGUCGAGGAAUACAAAAGGCUAUAUUUGUCUGACAAAACAGAUUCAGAUGAUGAUUCAACUGGUAGCGCACACCUCAGGGUAUAUGACAACCCGGAUGAUUACGACGCAGAUGAUGAUCUCCCGCGUUCUGAUGCUUCUGACAGAUCCGAGUCAGCUCUGGAUGAUGACAAUGAAGCCCAGAGGGAAGGUAGCCCUGAGAUACGAGUGACGCUUAUGAAUUUUGAUUCAUACAAUGACGUAGAUGCUAGUUCUGACGAGGGUAUAAAAGUUGAGUUUGUUCCCAUGGAUCGGCCUAGGAGACUAUCACGCCAGGAAGCGCUUACCACUUUUCCGAUUGAUCUCCCGUCGAUUCUGGGCCCUGAUGACGAUGACGAUGAUGAGGAUGAUGACGGAGAAGACGAGGAGGUGGAAAAAGCCAAGCUCGUCGUCAGGGAUAUCUUUCUUACGGUACCAGAAUUGAAGAGGGAUCGCGCUGCUUCGGUUGACUCGUGUUUCAAUAGCGCCAAGAGUUGCCAAAGUGAUGACAGCGGAUGCUUGGCAGUUCCCCAACAGAACACCAGGUCCAAAAGUGUUGACAUUGUCCUCCCGACUGACCAGCAGACGAGAUAUACCGCUUUACUGCCGGUUAAAGACGACAGAAGAGGAGGACGGGGUGAUUCCGGGGCAUCUAGUAGCCGCGAAUUGCGUUCGAAUCCUGAUUGGAGCGCUGAUGCAAUAAAUGGGGAGCAUCUAUGGGUGAGCACAUCUGCUUCCGGUGAAUUCUGUUACGUAAAUGACUGCACGAAACAUGGACCUCGAGUUAAAUGUUCAGCAUGUCGGGUAGUAGCGCAUACUCUCUGCGCUUCAAGCUUAAAUUUUUUAUGCAAGUCAUCAUUCCGUGACGUUGACGUGAGACAAUAUCGUGAACAAACGUCGACGCAGCAUCACUGGGUCCAUAGACGUUCCCAAAAAGAGAAAUGCGCCAACUGUUCAAAAGCUUUCCAAUCAAAACUCUCCUUCAGCUCGAAAGAAAUCGUUGCCGUUUCUUGCAGCUGGUGUAAGUCCGCGUACCACAACAAGGAGUCAUGCUUCAAUGUUGCUAAAAUCGGGGAAAACUGUGAACUAGGGGACCACAGUCUUAUCAUCGUUCCGCCCGCUUGGAUCGUCAAGCUCCCCCGUAAAGGUCUUUUCAAAAGUAGCCUUCGUAAAAGCCCGCGAAGACGAAAGUCUGCGAAAGACGGAACAGCCGAUGAUUCCACGCAUUCUAAAAGCAAAGAUGGGUCAUCGGAUGACUCAAAAGAAAAAGAGAAAGACAAAGAGAAAGAGAAAGAGAAAGAGAAAGAGAAAGAGAAAGAGAAAGAGAAAGAGAAACUUUGGGUAGUUAAGCCCAUUCCUUCCCCAGAGCUAAAGCCCGUCAUCGUUUUCAUAAAUCCCAAAUCCGGUGGUAACCAGGGCCUGAAAUUGCUGCAAAAAUUCCAGUGGCUACUGAACCCUAGACAGGUUUUCGAUCUAUCGCAGGGCGGACCUAAAAUGGGUCUUGAAUUGUUCCAUAAAGUUCCCAAUUUACGAAUCCUUGCUUGCGGGGGGGACGGAACCGUUGGUUGGGUUCUUUCAGUUCUAGAUUUUCUUGGCGUGUUUCCCCCACCUGCGGUCGGAGUCCUUCCUCUGGGAACUGGGAACGACCUUGCACGCGCCCUAGGCUGGGGCGGAGGCUACACAGACGAGCCAAUUGCUAAAAUCCUAACCAAUAUCGGGGAAAGUGACACGAUGCUUUUAGACCGGUGGAAAGUUACUGUAGAAAAAAAUCCUGAUGCGACAGCUUCUGAUGAUGACAGCAAAGCAAAAGAAAACUUACCCCUCAAUGUUGUUAAUAACUACUUUUCCCUGGGAGUCGACGCGCACAUCGCGUUAGAGUUCCAUGAGGCGCGCGAAGCUCAUCCGCAGAAAUUCAAUUCGAGGCUUCGGAACAAAAUGUUUUAUGGGCAGAUGGGUGGAAAGGAUUUAGUACGUCGCAAGUGGAAGGACUUGUCCGAAUACGUUACUUUGGAGUGUGACGGGCAGGAUAUGACGCCAAAGUUGAAGGAACACCGGGUUCACGCGAUAGUUUUCCUGAAUAUUCCAUCCUACGGUGGUGGAACUCAUCCCUGGGGUGGAGGCUCUGGGACCAAGGAACCCUCGACAUCGGAUGGGCUUCUGGAAAUCGUGGGGUUGACAACCUACCAGUUGCCGUUGCUGCAGGCUGGUGGUCAUGGAACCCCGAUUGCUCAGUGCAGCCACGCGCGAUUGGUCACCACCAGAACAAUCCCUAUGCAAGUUGAUGGAGAAGCUUGUCGUGUCUUACCAUCGAUUAUGGAGAUAAAGUUCCUCAAUCAGGCGACCAUGCUGGUGAAGAGCCGAGGGAAAUCUACGGCCAAAACCCAGGGUGACAAACUCGAGAGCUUGAAGCUGCAGAUAAUGAGGAUCAAGAUGAGAGACUAUGAGACUUUUCAUUCGGAUAAGGAUCGACUUAUUGGUGCCGCGGUACCUCUGACUCCCGAACCUCUGGAUCUCGAUGCAACCAUGGACUUGGAGACGCUCAGGAAGCUGCUGGCUAAGGAUUACAAUAUGGACAAUUCCUGUUUUAUUGAUUCAUGCACGGCCGAACGAUUCUUCAGGAUCGAUCGCGCCCAGGAACAGUUGCACUACGUAACUGACGUCGCUUCUCAAGCGGUAUUUGUUCUGGAAGAAGAUGUAGCUGCGGGUCAUACUGAGGAUGCUGCUAAAGUAGACGCCACUUUGCCCAGAGAAGAACGUCAGAAUACUUUAAAGACGAAAACGAAAGCACCAGAACCACCGAAAGCUGAAAGUAUUCAACGGGAUGAAAGUAUUAAUGUAGAGGGUAAAAGUAUUAAUUUAGAUGAGCGUAAUGUAGAAAAUGAAAAAGUUUUAAAUAAGAGUAUAAAUAAAAGUAUUAAGCCGGUAGUGGGUAAUGUAGAUGAGGAUAGUCAAAUAACACAACGACAGCAUCAUAAAUCUGAUGACGAUAAUGUUAAUGAAGAUAGUGUACAUAAAAAAGAACAAAAACCUAAACAGAGUUCCUCAAAAUCAACUUCUGUUCCUGAACGACCUAGUCAAGGAAAUUCUGCUUAUAUCAGUGCCCGAGACAGGCUUUUUAGUCUAUCACCAGAAGUUCAAUUAGGCACUAGUGCACUACUAGAAAAGCCGUCGGAUGGUAUAAUUCGUGCCGCCAAAACCGGUGAUCUGAAAACCCUGAGAGAGCUCCAUCAACAUGGAUAUUCAUUGCUAUCAAUAGACGCUAAUGGACAAACGGCUCUACAUCUUGCUGCCAGACACGGUUACAAAGACAUUGUUAGAUAUUUGAUAGCAUGCGCGCCACCAACUAUUCUCAAUAUGGUUGACAAUGAUAAAGGACAAACGGCGCUACACAAAGCAGCACAACAAAAACGUCGUACUAUCUGCUGCAUGUUAGUUGCUGGUGGUGCGACGUUGACUAUUCGAGAUCGUCAUGGUGCUACACCACGUGACUUAGCGUUGACGUCUGACGAUCGAGAUCUCGCUGCUUAUUUACAUAGUCAAGAACAAUUUCAUUUAGAUACUGAAGACAUGCUGAAUCUUCCCUGACCUAUUGAGGUACACUAACGACACUUAAUUAUUAUCGAUACCUUUCUCAAUAUAUAUAUAUAUAGGCAUAUAUUUUAUUCCAUUAAAAUCUCUUUAUAUUACACGACGUCUCAUCAUCAUAUUUUUAAUUAUAUACUCACAUAUAAAUAUAUAACUAUAUUUGUAUAUAUGUGUCUAUUACAUAUAUACAUAUAUAACACAUAUAUAUAUAUUUUUUUUUUAAUAAUAAUCGACAUUACGGAUUUUAAUUCCUCUUAUAUUUAUUAAUUAAACAAUUAAUUAUUUAAGAUAACGUGAUACAGUAAAGUCUAUACAUAUAUAUAUAUAUAUAUACCUAUAAAUAUAUAUAUGUAUAUAUUCAUAAUUAUAUAGAAUGAUAGAAAAUUAA